AUGCUAGUGAAUGGUGGGGAUGGUGAUUCCACAAAUAAAGUGGGCCACAUAUGGGGUGGUUUAAUAUUUUUGUCAUGCUGCAUAACUUCCAUUAUUUAUGUGCUUUUGGGCCUCUUUGCUUGUCGGCGUCUAAUUCGAUCGAACUGGCGCUGGGUGAUGAUUGUGGCCCUCUACUGGGUAGUUGGCAUGCUGCACGCGUUCCUAUCACUCGCUAUAAUUUGUGUGGCGGUGGCAUGUAUAUUUUGGACCUUUACUGACAGGGAUAUAGAUACCAUCGAGACAAUUGCGUACUCAGGAGUUAUGGUUGUGCUGACAGUAUUCUUUGCUCUUGGACGGAAGUCAAUUGUGUAUGCAUUGUAG